CGGCCAGUGAGCACCCAGCACCCCGAGGAAACCAGACGAGAUCCUCUCGAAGCCAAUCUCCCUUUGUACCAAAACUCCCCUAGCAUUGAUCCGUCCAUAAAAUAAGUGGCGAGGGAGACCGCAGCCCACGAUGGAGUAUUUGAUUCGCUUCGCCCAGGCCCACGAGUCUUUUCGGCAGCCCGAAAUCCAGGCGCUGGCUGACCUGGCGGGCGUGGAGGUGGAAUUUCUAUACUACGAUAAGACUUCCCCAUUCUGCAUCGUCAGACUACCCGAUGAAGCAGCAGCUCGCGCGGUAAUCAGCCGCAGCAUCAUCGCCAAGGAUAUUUUCGAACUCUGGGGCCAAGGCAUCAACUUCGAAGAAGUCUACGCCGACGUCCGCAGGCGGACAGAGGAUCGCUGGGCCCAGUACAAGGAGUCAUCGUUCCGCUUCGUCAUUGACAGUUUCGCAGGCAAACGCAGCAAUGAACAGAAGCGUCAGAUCAUCCAGUCCUUCUCGUUCUUGGGAUUCCAGGGCGCUAUUCGGAUGAAGAACCCCGACCAGGAUUUCUGGGUCUUUGAGGAUUAUGGAUUGGAUAUGUCUUCUCCGGGGACGCCUCGGCCUCAUGGGGAGGAACCGAAGGUGAUUUACUUUGGACGCUGGAUUGCGAAUAGCAGUCGGGAUGUCGUCAAUAAGUAUGAUCUUAAGAAGCGGCGGUAUAUUAGCACUACGUCUAUGGAUGCGGAGUUGACGCUCAUUACGGCGAAUAUGGCGCAUGCGGGCCCGGGAAAGCUCUUUUAUGAUCCGUUUGUUGGGACGGGGAGUUUCCUGGUGGCGAUGUCGCAUUUCGGGGCGGAGACGUUUGGGUCGGAUAUCGAUGGACGGAGUUUCCGUGGGAAGGAGAUGAUGGAGAGAGGUGGGACUAUGGGUGUGUUGUCGAAUUUUCAGCAGUAUGGGAUGGUGGGCAGGUUCAUGGAUGUGUUUACGUCUGAUCUUACCAAUACGCCUCUGCGCUCAUAUCAGUUCCUGGAUGGCAUCGUCUGUGAUCCGCCUUAUGGUGUCCGUGAGGGACUCAGAGUUCUUGGGAGGCGUGAGGGUCUGAAGAGCGAGGAGGUUAUUAUCGAUGGAAAGCCGGCUCAUUACCAACCCGGAUACGUUGCACCUAAGAAGCCCUACGGCUUCGAAGCCAUGCUCAAUGAUAUCUUGGACUUUGCCGUUCGAUCAUUGGUGACUAACGGACGAUUGGCGAUGUGGAUGCCUACUUCAAACGACGAGAUCGAGCUCCCAGUCCCGAUGCACUCGAACCUAGAGGUUCUCAACAUCUCCGUUCAACCGUUCUACAGCUGGUCCCGACGACUCAUCACCUACCGAAGACUGCCAGAAGGACAAGUCUCGGAUGUUUCGCAGGGUCGGCAAGUGACGGACGCUGAAGGAGUCUACGCAGAUCAACUGAAUGCAUUUAGGAGAAAGGUAUCUCCCCUCCCUUUUCAGCGUUAUAACCAAAACUAACAUAACGCUAGUAUUUCACAAAGAACCAGCGCGACACGGACUCAAAGUCCGGAACAGAAAGUCCUGCCUCAUGACGAAUCUAAACCCUUAACU